CGGCUCAUCUACCCCCCCUGACUCCAUAGUCAACUUUUUCUUACUAUGUAUGCCCUACCCUCGUAUCGUGAGGUUCAUUUUCAUCAUAUCCUUUAAUAAGACCUACAAUCGCUUUCCGUACGCUUGGUCUCUUUCCCCCUCUCACCAUGCAUACGCUCCUUUUGUGGUGUUGCAAGAGAUUUAUAUUCUCCUUCGUUGAAGUUUGAGGAUCUUUAGCAUUCCAACCUACGCUCGUUGUCUCUUGAAUAAAUCGUCACUCUUUAGGUAUUAUUAUACUCGACUCUUGGAAAUGCGCGCCUCUUCUUCUAUCGCAGCGGUAGCCGUCCUGGCUCGCGGCGUAUUCGCUCAAUGCACUGAUAGCUUUGCCCUCCUUGCCGGCAACCAAGAAAUCGCAGAGCAAUGUGCUCCUAAGGUAUCGACUGAUGCCGUAGCUCUAUGCAACAGUUAUCUGGGCACGAGCACAGUUUUCGCGGUUCCUCCAUCCAAAACGGCUUUUACAACCACUACGAAGGUGGCUACUCGUACUGUUACCAGAGUAGUAUUCGCACCAACCACUACUACCGAGACGGAAAUAAUUAUCUCUACUUCGAGUACCACUGUCUUCGCGGCUCCCUCCCCUGGCCCGAUUGGUCGCCGCGAGAUAGAAGCGAAUGGAAGUCCGGCCAGCCCGCCCGCUUGUCCUACUUUGGCAAGCUUACCAACGGACAGCAUCUCAGGCUCGGCCAUCAGCUCCGCCUGUAGCUGCCUGGGCGCGAGUGCCGUCGUGUCGACCGCAUCAUCCGAUGCUACUACCACAAGCACUAUUACGAAACUGGAGACGACUGUAACCACUGCAACAACAACUUCGGCCAUCUUCACUUAUACCAAGAGCACCACGACCACCGUCGUAGCUGUGGAAACCCAAACAGUGGCAUACGACCGCUGCAGCGUCGGCUACAGCUCGGGAGGUAACGGGAAAGGGAACCAUGUCGAAAACGUCCAGGCUAACUCUUCGCAACACUGUUGCCAGAAGUGCCAGCAAAAGCAGAACUGCGUCGCGUCGGUUCACACAGGCGCAGUGUGCCAGCUGCUGAUCAAGGAAACGCGACUUCAGGGCGCGAGCACGUCUGAGCAAUGCCCCCUUGGUGUAGAGGACUACCCAUUCGGACCAACCGGCGGAGUUGUGUAUCCGGGACCUUGCGGAUACUAACGAAGCAGGUAGGUAUACCAUGAUUCGGAGCAUCUUCGAGAAUUGCCGUACGUCAGGGAAGAGCACCCAGCACGUGCAAGUAGUUUAAUGUAAUCAACUCAUAAUAACUAAUAAUAAUAACAACAAUCCUCCACAGAGGAUAGUAUACCUCAAAUGGUUCAACCAGUCCCUACAUCGGUCAAAAAGGUGCUAAUCCCUGGUUAACCAUCUUCCCGAGUCAAAAUUACUUCAAGCCGCAAAAGACCUGUGGCAUCGAGCAACUAGGCAAGAUAUCCACUACAGGAGCUAAGCUAGGUACCUCCUAGCCUACGAAGUCUAACUU